AGGAAGAAACCACUCCACAUCUCUAAGGUUUAAACUUGUUAGACAUGGAACCCAAGUUGACAGUGAAUUGUGACCAAAAUGAGUUGCUCAAAACCAGAACUGGUACUCAUUUGCCAGAGAGCCCGAGAGUACCAAUGGAGUUUCUGUCAAGAUCAUGGAGUGCCUCUGCUCUUGAGGUCUCCAAAGCCCUUGCACCUCCACCACCUUCUUCUUCUUACAUACCUUCCAAGCCUCCUAUUAUACCCUCUUCUAUCACCAACUCCAUUUCCCAAGAAACUUGUUCUGCUAAGUCAGAGGAGUUCUCAGCAACCAUGUCCGCCACCCAGUUCUCUUUUGCUUCCUCCGCCACUUCACAGCUCCUCCUUGACCGCAUUAUGUCACAGUCAACUAGAGAGGAAGUGUCUCCAUUAACGUCAGGGAGACUGUCUCACAGCAGUGAACCUCUGAACGGUGGUGCUUCUUUAACUGGAACGGACAGUCCGCCAAUCUCUCCUUCUGACGAGUUUGACGAUGUUGUCAAGUUUUUUCGGGCAAACAACUCCAUUCAUCCCUUAUUCAAUGGUGGACGAGCCAUGAGUGGUGCUACAGGCAAUGCCACUCCUAGCUCCGGACCUAAAACAGUAGGAAGAUGGUUGAAAGACAGAAGAGAAAAGAAGAAAGAAGAAAACAGAACCCAUAAUGCUCAACUUCAUGCUGCAGUUUCUGUUGCUGCCGUAGCAGCUGCUGUUGCAGCUGUCACUGCCGCAACAGCAGCCACAUCUGCAGCUACCAAGGAUGAGAAGAUGGCCAUGUCCGUUGCUUCUGCGGCCACUUUAGUUGCUGCUCAGUGUGUAGAGGCCGCUGAAGCAAUGGGAGCUGAGAGAGAUCACCUUGCUUCUGUGGUUAGCUCUGCCGUCAAUGUCCGCUCUCAUGAUGAUAUUUCAACACUUACAGCUGCAGCUGCCACAGCUCUACGUGGGGCAGCAACCUUGAAAGCAAGAGCAUUGAAGGAGGUGUGGAAUAUUAACGCAGUGACUCCAUUAGAGAGAGGAACAGGUAUUGGAAGAUGUGGUAAAAGCAAAAACAGUAAUUCUAGCACCAGUGACAGUGGGGAGAUUAUGAAUGGUGACAAUGUUUUGGGUGCAUGCAACCAAGAGCUCCUUGCUAGGGGCACUGCAUUACUCAAACGGACGCGCAAAGGUGAUCUUCACUGGAAAAUAGUUUCAGUUUAUAUACAUCGAACAGGCGAGGUAAUGUUGAAAAUGAAGAGCAGACACGUUGCAGGAACUAUCACCAAAAAGAAAAAGAAUGUUGUUUUGGAUGUGUGCACAAAUUUAGCUGCAUGGCCAGGAAGGCAUCUGGUUGAUGAGGGUGAAGAAAGAAGGUACUUUGGAUUGAAGACAGAAGCAAGGGGAGUUGUGGAGUUUGAAUGCAGAAAUCAAAGAGAAUAUGAUAUUUGGACUCAAGGGGUUUCUAGACUUCUUUCCAUAGUUGCACGCAGACAAAACCUAAAUGGGGUUUGAGCUGAACACAUUGGCAACAGACUCUGUUUCUACUGAUUCAUUGUUCAAUCCAUAUGUAUCUAUUUAGCAGUAUCUUACUUCUUUAACAGGAACUAAUGGAUUUUGU